UAGAAGUCUUUACUAACUGGCCUGGAGGAACCGAGCCUCUGGCAGAGCUGGAGUGAUCUUGGACUGGUCUCGCAACUUUCUAGGUUUGGGCAGACAAGCUGAUCAGAAGAGGCGACAUGGCUGUUGUGGGCUGCACGAAAUGCAUAAAAUAUAUGUUAUUCUUCUUUAAUUUUAUUUUCUGGCUGGCCGGCGGUGUGAUCUUAGGAGUGGCUCUCUGGUUACGCCAUGACAAUCAAACCAGCAACCUGCUCAUACUCCAGUUUGACGGCCAGCAGGCACCAGGCACCUUUUACAUCAGUGUGUACAUACUGAUCGCUGUUGGAGCUGUGAUGAUGCUUGUGGGCUUCCUCGGAUGUUACGGCGCCAUACAGGAAUCCCAGUGCCUGCUUGGGACAUUCUUCUUCUUUUUGGUCAUUCUGUUUGCGUGUGAAGUGGCUGCAGUAUUCUGGGGUUUCAUGAACAAAGACACUAUCUCCAAAGAGCUGAUCAACUUCUACGACUCGGCGUACAUCAAGGCUGUGGACAUCACGGGGUCCCCCAGUAAAGACGCUGCCAUCAAAGUGAUGGAUGUUUUCCACAAAACACUCGACUGCUGCGGCAAAGGAGACGACACUCCUCUCUUCAAACAAAUCGCUACCACCUUGUGUCCCGGAAAAACUCAAGAGGAUUUCCUGAGCUCCCAGAGCUGCCACGACAAGCUGACCCUGCUGUUCUCCGAGAAGCUCUACCUCAUCGGCCUGGCUGCGUUGACGGUUGCUGUCAUCAUGAUCUUCGAGAUGAUCUUCACCAUGGUGCUCUGCUGCGGGAUCCGAAACAGCCCGGGAGUUUACUAGAGGCUCCUCGAGCAGCCGCAGUCCAGCGAUUCUGUGCAUCCCCUCUUUUUAGCAUAGGACAGAUGAUUCUUCAUUAAUUUUAGACUAGAAGUUGUUUCUAUUGUGUUAAUAUAUCAACAUUAAUCUUUAAGUAAUUUAGUUCUAGUGUGCCGAGACAGUUCAUGUUUUUUCUUACGUAGAAUAUUGUGGGAAUCAUUUCUCCGUUGUUGGCUGAUUCUGUUUUUAUGGAUGUAUAAAUUGUACAUAUACGUGUCACAUGUUAAUAACAGUUAGGAGGGUCGAGUGUUUAUGUUGACAGUGUUUUUAUUUAAGCACCAGGGAUUGUGUGAUCAGCAGCUUCAGGUUGUCUCUUCAUCCAGCGUGAGGAACCAUCUCACCGUCUCCUCUACGAGCAUGUUGUAAGAGUUUCUAAUAAAUGAUGCCACCUCUCUUCUACUUGUAGUUCCCAUUAUUCUUUUGUCCUUUGGCUGUAAAUCGCGAGGAAUAAUUUAACAAACUCAAAGAUGCUCAAAAAGGCUCAUUAAAGCAUGGAGCUGCUUCCAGUCUUGAACCAGGUUUUCUGUAUUUGCUGUGAGCUGCCACAGAGAGGCGCUGCCCUCUGAAGCUCCCGCUCCCCCAGCACUGCCGCCACGCCCGCCCCCAC